GCAUGCGCAUUUUGAUGCCGGUAUUGCAGCACGUCAUCAACACCGCUUUGGGUUUACUUGACUGAUUUAAAAAAAGAAUUAGAAGGAAAACGGGAAACACUGAGUUUCACCCUUUGUCAUUCGCACCUAUUCAUUCAAAGCAGCGGGCACUCCGUGCGCAUGAAGUGGCCGACGCAUCAGCUCACCACAAUAAGGGCGCGACGUGUGGCUGCUGCCCCGGCCCUGCGCGUCUUCGUAUCCUCCCACCCGCUCCUACACGCCUCCUUCCACAACUCACCCACCGCCCUGUGCAGUCCGCGCGCGUCCUUCGUCAUUCCUCCGGUGGAGCGGCUAACCAGUCCGCGGUCCCCUCGCCUCUCCAGUAGCUACGUUGACGCGGGGCACGGCCGGAGCGCCACCGGAAGCGCGGGAAAAGAAGAUGACUGCACGGAUGGAUUUCGCUUCGCGGUGAAGAUGGACGAACGCGGACUGCACGAUCACGGCGUGACGCCCGAGGCGAAGGACUUCAUCGCGGAUGCGGAGGAGGAGUACAGAGCUAGCUCCGCGUAUCUGCACGAGGUGCCGGGUGGGCCGAGUUUGCCAGAGACGGAAAGCUACAUCGAUGCCGCAACAGGGCAGGAGGUGACGUCUCGCCGCAUCGCGGCCCCGUUUGGGGAAACUUACAUACCUUCCAACAAAGAACGCUUUGCGAGCCGCGGCCACGCCGGUGAGUUGGCCCGGCAGCGCGAUGUCGUCGACAAACCUUUUAUGUUAGACGAGCACGCGCAACUCAACUUGAAGAAGGAGCGUCAGCUGAUGGAGCUGCUCGACGCACCGAUGCCAGCGCUGGAGAAAGCAGAGGAGGUGGCGCAUUUCUUGCUCGAAAGCUUCUACCCACAAGCCUUGGCCCUGCAGCCGCGUACCGGCGAGUCGAUCAUGCUGCUCUACUCCCAGGCGAGUUACCUGAAGCGACUCAACGGCCCGCCGGGUGCAACGGAGAACAGCGCGGCGACUCCGCAGCUCGCAGCGGGUCCGCGCGCCGCGUCGCCGCUCGCCGCGCAGGACGUGGUGUUUCUGUCCGACAUGCGACUGCUCUACACGCAUCAGAAGCGUUGCUUUGUGUGCCCGACCCCGCUACUGCUGGAGCACUUAAUGGUGGCCCUCAGCGUCGUGGCGGAGCCGAGCACGCCAGCAUUUCACCUUGCAAAUCGAUUGCUGCUAGACGCGGAUCGCUUUGUGCUCUUGCCGACCCGCACCACGUACACCGCCUUCCUCAAAGUAUGUCAGGUGAACAACGCGAUGCAGUUUGCGCUGGCGCGGUACACUGACGCGCUGCAGGCGCUGCAGCUGCCCGUCGAUGCGCCGAUGCUGACGGCGCUGCUGAAAGGGUUGAAUGAGAGCGGCUAUGUGGAGGAGGCGGUGGCGCUGCUGGCGCGCGUGGCGCACGUGCCGGUGUCGACGCCGCUGCUGAACGCCUCUCUCGAAACGCUUCUCUUGUCCGACCAGGCCCUCUCGUGCUUUUCUCUUUUUGACUCUAUGAGCGACUCCCCGACGAAGCCGGAUGCGGCGACCUACACGCUUCUUCUCCUCGCCUGUGAGAAGUCGGGACAGUGGAAGCGGGUGACGGCGAUCUUGUCGGACAUGCAGCAGCGUCGUGUGCGCGGAGAUGCGCGGACGCUGAACUUGCUGUUAAAAGGUCUGCUGCAGGAGCGGCUGCACAGCUUUGCCGCGCAGCUCUAUCAAACAAUGCAGGUGAAGCACGUGCCGGUGUGGCCCGCGCUGGAGGCCGGUGUGCGACCGCUGCUGCGUUAA